AUGCUGAUAAUAAUUAAAGAAGGUUGUUCACUGAAGUGUUACCAAUGCUCGGGAUUAAUGGAUGACACAAUAUCAAUCAACUAUACGAUUACAGCUGAACAUUUUCCACAAUUAAACAAUUGUUCGACAGUAACAACUGAACAUUAUUGUUAUGCUGGAAUAUACUGGUAUAAGAGUGAAACAAGUUAUCUUCAAAUUAUAGCAGAGUUUGAAGAGAGUUUUGAUCCGGAUUCUGGAAUAAACACCUAUAUAGUAGAUCCGCCUAGCAAUUUUGGUAGCGUAUUCAAUGCAACACAUUAUUUAAUUCAUUCGUGUAAUACCGACAAUUGUAAUGAUCCAAUGAAUUUGAGAUUAUUACUGAAGUCGCUGAAAAUAUCGGCAGAUUUGAUUAAAAUUAAACCAUUGUUAUCAUCAAAUCAACCUGUAAAUAAAUCAUCGUGCUUGAUAUUUUCCAAUGAUACCGACAGUUUUGAAGGUAGCUGUACAAUUGAUGAUCAAUGUAAUUAUUGUGACAUGACAAUGAUCACAAAAUCUCUCAAAUCGUAUGUUUGUUGUGGAUGUUCUUAUACGGAUCCGUCUCAGUCUGACGAUUAUCAGUUUCAAGUACAAAUGUCAUGUAAUAUGAAAGAAAAAAAAUGUCAGCACCAAAUUCAUCUAAAUUGUAAUGUGCCACAAUGUAAUUUUCUUGAAAAUGUUAAACGUAUUCAACAAAUGUACGAAAAUGAAUUUAAUUUUGAUACAUUUGUACAAUCAACAGCAAACGCAAUAAAUUCAACUGAAACAUGUUUAUUUUUAAUUAAACUUUCGAUCGUAUAUUUUAUUGUUUAUUUUUGGGAAAAGAAAGCGAAAAAUUGA